AUGGUUCAUUCGUCUCUAAUUGUGACUGCGGCAUUUUCUUGGUUGCACCUAGUAAAUGCAGUGAACAAUGGGCUUGCUCGAACCCCUCCAAUGGGAUGGAAUAACUGGAACUCAUUAGCUUGCGACGUGUCAGAAGAUUUGCUUCUAAGCACAUCCAAGAAGCUCAUAGAUCUCGGGUUGCGAGAUAUGGGAUACGAUCACGUUGUCUUGGACGACUGCUGGCAGGACAUCCGGGGCGAGGAUGGCUAUGUUACUCCUGACAAGGGAAAGUUCCCCAACGGUAUGAGGGCCAUAUCGGAUCAGUUGCACAUGAAAGGUUUCAAAUUUGGCAUGUACUCCAGCGCGGGUGAGAUGACCUGUGCUAGAUAUGCCGGUUCACUCGACCAUGAAUCCAAAGACGCGGAGAACUUCGCCUCUUGGGGCGUCGACUUCUUGAAAUAUGAUAAUUGUUAUCAUAUGGGGAGGAUGGGAACCCCCGAGACCUCUUUCAACCGCUUCAAGGCAAUGUCCGAUGCCCUUAGGGCGACUGGGCGCCAAAUUGCAUUAAGUCUCUGCAACUGGGGCGAAGAUUACGUCCACACGUGGGGAAUGUCCAUCGCCAACGCCUGGCGCAUGUCUGGUGAUAUCUAUGACUCCUUCGCACGGCCAGAUGACCUAUGCGGCUGCGAUACAAACAAUCCCACUGAUCCAUUUUGCAUCGCACCCGGCACGCAUUGCUCUGUCCUCUUCAUCCUUAACAAAGUCGCCCCGUUCGUCGACCGCAGCAUACCAGGUGGCUGGAACGAUCUCGACAUGCUUGAAGUUGGCCAGGGCGGCAUGACAGACGAGGAGUAUAAAGCCCAUUUCGCGCUUUGGGCUGCCCUAAAGUCCCCACUCAUGUUAGGCAAUGACUUGCGCGUCACGUCACCCUCAACACUCUCCAUCAUCAACAACCCAGCCAUCAUCGCGCUCUCCCAAGACAUGCAUGGCCGUGCGGCGCAGCGUGUUGCCCGCAACCUCGACGUGCCCAAGGAUGAGUAUGGGGUUGGCGAGACCCACAUUUGGAGCGGAAAGUUGCACAAUGGUGACCAGGUCGUGAUUCUCCUCAACGCGGCAAAUGAAGAUCUUGAUAUGAGCGCUCCACUGUCGGAGAUAUUCGUUUCGGAGGGCCCAGGCGGAUCAGCUCCUCAGGCAAACCAGUCUUGGGAGGUCUUCGAUUUGUGGGCAAAUCGCAUGAGUGAUGCCGAGGCGCGAUCGAUUCUGGAGGCUGCGGAUGAUCAGACGAGAGCCGAGAUUUUUGGAAAAUUGGGGUGGUACAACGCAACUGAUAUCCCAUACGAGGUUGGGCUCGAGCAGGGAGAUAAACGCUUGUUUGGUCAGAAAGUCGGUGUCGUUGAAGCACAUAGCGCAUGGAAUGUAAAGGUCUUGAGACAUUCGGCAAAGGUAUAUAGGUUUAGGAGAUCUGGGGUUAAAAGCGAGGGCCAUAAUGAGCUAUGA